AUUAAGAUCCCCCCCCCAUAGUGGUAAUGGUACGAUCGCAUGAACUGUCAAGUUGAAAUAGUCCACUUCAAGGGCAGCGUUCAUUCAGCAGAAAGGCUCAGCUCUGUCCUGUUUACGUCGUCAUGAACAUGCUCUGCAGAGUUGGUCAGAUACGCAGGUGUGCUGCAAGUGUCAGCCAAGCCAUACAGCAGGUAGCUGCGUCCAGGCAGAAGCACACACUUCCUGACCUAACCUACGACUAUGGCGCCCUGGAGCCUCAUAUCAAUGCAGAGAUUAUGCAAUUGCACCACAGCAAGCACCACGCUACAUACGUCAACAACCUCAACGUGACAGAGGAGAAGUAUCAAGAAGCACUCGCCAAAGGAGACGUGACAACACAGGUUGCCCUUCAGCCUGCUCUCAAGUUCAACGGGGGAGGUCACAUUAACCACACAAUCUUCUGGACAAACCUCUCUCCGAAUGGUGGGGGCGAGCCACAAGGGGAGCUCAUGGAGGCCAUCAAACGUGACUUUGGCUCCUUCCAGAAGAUGAAGGAGAGGAUGUCUGCUGCCACGGUGGCGGUGCAAGGCUCAGGCUGGGGUUGGUUGGGCUUUGACAAGCAGAGUGGAAGACUUAGCAUUGCGGCGUGUGCCAACCAGGAUCCUCUUCAGGGGACCACAGGUCUCAUCCCCCUCCUGGGUAUCGACGUAUGGGAGCAUGCCUACUAUCUUCAGUACAAAAACGUCCGGCCAGACUACGUUAAGGCGAUCUGGAAUGUCAUCAACUGGGAGAAUGUGAGCGAGCGUCUACAGACUGCCAAGAAAUAGACUCGGCCCAUCUGUAAUGUACCACACUGGCCUGCUCCUGUAUUGAAAAGUAAUCAUUUGUACUAUUUUGUAUUUAGACCCUGAAGUGUUCAUUUGCAUAGCAAAUAGCACAAGGUCAAAAAGCGCACAAUUAUGGUCACUUGUCAUGUCAGAAGCUAAUCAGCAACUUGUCGCAGUUCAUGUAAUUGCAGUCCAUGUUUUUCACGUCUAAUAAUAAAAUUAUAUGACUUGAA